GUUGGAGCAGGAAUUCUGAUACAUCAAUGGCGGAAUUUCCUCCAGCAUUACAUGCUCAGCACUUGGAAUUACUUUGAUCCCAUCUUUGACAAUAAGAACCAACGAGAUGGUCUGAGGCAGAACUGACAGUGUAACAAGGUUUGGCACAGUUGUUUUGGAUCCAAAAUGGCGUCUGCUCAGGCUUAUAGCCCCUUCGUAUUCUUGAUUUUAAUUGCGAGAGAGCCCCUCAAGCAUACUGCCAAUUUUCCCAGUAGAAGAAACCCUACAGGGAACUUUUCCUGCAGUGAAAUGUUGAACUACUCAUCGUCCUUCUGCACCAAGGUGGAGAGAUGUGCAUGCACCGAGGACGAGGAGCCUGGAAUUAAGCACAGGAGCGAAAAGAUGCCGAAGAUGAGACAAUAAAGAAGAGCUAGUGUUGGGGCCUGUGCAGACUUCCCGCAGCAGCAGUUAGAUGUGCACGUCGACCCGGCCACGAUGACAAUGAAAGGCCUGUCCAGCAGCCGUAGUCACCACCACACGGUGACUUGCGACCCCUCUUACAACUCCAUGACCAUGGGGCACUCGGACCGUCGGUCCUACUUUCUCAACCCUGGGGAGGCUCAUCCUGCUGACCACCCCUGUUACACCCAGCGUAACACCUUCCAGUCUGAAUGCGAUGCCUACCCUGACCUGGCCAGCUGCACCUUCCCUCGUAGACAUUACAGCUCUCACCAUGACCUGAAGGAGGAGUGUGGCCCUAUGGUGCCUUAUACUGGGCCAACAGGGAACAGUAAGGGAGGUGGAGGAGGUGGUGGAAACAACAACCGAAUCCCUUCUAAUCUACUAGAGCAGUUUGAGCGCCAAGCACCGGUGCAGCGUGAAGGCUACCACACACUGCAGUACAAGCGCACUGCAGUAGAACACCAACGUAGUGACAGCCCUGGUCGAAUCCGCCAUCUUGUUCACUCUGUCCAGAAGCUUUUUACCAAAUCCCACUCCCUGGAGGGGCCAUCAGGGUCUGGUGGUGGAGGAAGUGGGAGGAUGAAUGGCAGCAAAUCCAGUCCUGAUGACCCACCCUCCUCUUCUGGCACCCUGAAGCACAGUAAGCGCAGUAAGAGCAAAGACCGCUCCAAGUCGGAGCCUAAGAUGCACACUGCUAUCUCAGGCUACUGGAGCUCAGACGACACGCUUGACCGGGAGAUGUGCCUCUACCCCCAUCACCACGGGGGCAGCAGUGGAGGCCUGCCUUCAGGGGUCAUGACCAUGGGGCGCCACCCGGACAAAUCCCAAUCGCAGUACUUCAUGGAGUCCUACAACACUAUCAGCGCCCACUCUCUCAAGACGUCACGCAGCAACAACGAUGUGAAAUGCUCGACGUGCUCCGGAGGCAGCAGCGGAGGUAUGCCACUGGUGGGCACCCUGGAUGGCAAAGUGCAGCUGAAGAAGAGCUCGUGGUCUUCUACUCUGACGGUGAGCAGAGCAAGAGAGGUCUAUCAGAAGGCCUCAGUCAACCUAGAUAAAGCUCUAGUGAAAGCCGAGCAGGGACGCACCUGCCACUUCCUACAGGUGCCUCAGGAUGACUGGAGCGGUUUCUCUCCACUGGGUAAGGAUGACGAGAUCCCGUGCCGGCGGAUGCGCAGUGGCAGCUACAUCAAGGCCAUGGCAGAAGAAGACAGCGGCGACUCGGACUGCAGCCCCAAACCCUCACCCAAGGUCCAGGCACGACGAGCCAGCUACCUAAAGGCCACACAGCCGUCCCUCACAGAGAUGACCACACUCAAGAUUUCCACAGAGCACUCUCCCAAACUUCAGAUCCGGAGUCACAGCUACCUGCGGGCGGUGAGUGAGGUUUCCAUCAAUAGGAGUCUGGACAGCUUGGACCCGGCAGGGCUGCUGGCCUCGCCUAAAUUCCGCUCGCGAAACGAGAGCUACAUGAGAGCCAUGAGCACCAUCAGCCAGGUGAGCGAGGUGGAGGUGAACGGGCAGAUCGAGGCAGUGUGUGAGUCAGUGUUCAGUGAAAUGGAGUCGCAGGCGGUGGAUGCCCUGGAUCUGCCCAUGCCCAGCUGCUUCCGCAUGCGGAGCCACAGCUACGUGCGUGCCAUAGAGAAAGGCUGCUCGCAGGAAGAAGAGGAGAGAGGCGUCAUGGUGGGAAUCAGGAGGACCAACUCACCCCCGCACACCACCACAACCGUCAGAACCAUCCAGAGCAGCACAGUGUCCUCAUGCAUCACUACCUACAAGAAGACUCCUCCCCCAGUCCCACCACGGACCACACCGUCCAAACCCUUCAUAUCAAUCACGGCACAGAGCAGCACUGAGUCCGCUCAGGAUGCCUACAUGGACGGGGGCUCCGGCCCGCGGACGGGCAUAAGCUCCCAGCCGGGCCUAUCCAACUCCACGGAAAGCAUCGACAGCAUGAAGGCCCUGACAGCAGCCAUAGAGGCAGCUAACGCUCAGGUGCACGGCCCUGCCAGCCAACACGUCACCAACAGCACCAUCACCAUCACUGCCACCGCCACCACCUCUGCCAUUGCGCACGUCUCCACGGAGAGCAAGGCGCAGAGGGAAGCGUUCCGCAAGUCCCUCUCCAUAGGGAUCCAGGUGGACCCAGAGGAAGGAGGGCCAACGGAAGAGCAGUCUAAAUUCCAGUCGAUAGGAAUUCAGGUGGAGGAUGAGCGAUGGUGAGUAGAGAGACGAAGCGAGAAAGAGAAGGAGGCUGUAAAAGUGAAACUAGAUAGGUCUGAUGGGAGGGAUGAGGCAGAGAUAGCAUAAGUAGGAAGAAGACUUGUGGAGACAGAGAGUGGUUUGUAGGGUGCAGUGCAAGCUUUUGCCCCCCCUGCACUGGCUUUCCUGAACCAGCUGUCCCCAGUUCAGGGGAGAUUGGCAUCAGAGCCCCCUCAGCAAGGGCCCCCAAAUGACAGCUGGGCCAGAGGAUGUGGUGGAGGGAGCUGGGAAGGUGGAGGGGGUGAGUUGACAGCCAUCUGUUGCUCCCGCCAUUGUGAUCCAGGCUACUUUGAGGCUGUG